GAAGUCCUUUCGACUUAACUCAUUUAUGAAUGUCAUUUAUACAUUUAAUAUUUUUCUCUUUGUUUUUUUAAACUGACUUCUUUAUUAUUUCAAAUAUUUAUUUUGUUUAUUUUGACCUUGCAAGCGUUACGACGAAUUUCAACUACUAGCAAUUUUCACAGAAGUUUUAAGGUGAUUCUUUCCUAUGGCCUAAGCUUAAUAUGUUUAAGAUUUUUUCGAUUAGAGUUCCAAUUUAUGCCUUAAAUGGCAUGCUUUAUUUAAAAACUGACGUAGAAAUUAGUGGACAUCUAUACGCAUGGAUAAGUUCACAGGUAGAAUUCGUAAUUCGUACUUAAGUCGUGUACUGAACUGGGGACGAAGUUCUUUUUGGCUAACUUACCACACUAAUAAAUUUAUAACCAAAUAUUUUUAUGUUGGGAUGGAGCGGAGUGGGGACAGGAUUAAAGUUUGACUGACUAAAUAUUGCUGGAAAAUUGGUGAGAUUUCUAACACAUUGACAUUAUGCUAAACUGAACACUAUUUAAAGUCCAUUUCAAAAGCUGUAAAAAAAACUCCCUCCAUUUCUUUCCCUUACUUGGCAGGAUACAGUUUCUUUUUAAAUUUCUUGUUGUUUCAAACUUAUAAAACUAACUAACUAAGUAUACAGGAAUUCGAAUUCGAAGAUGAUGUUUUGUAAAUUUACAAAACUUGAAUUCCCAAAGUAAUACAAUCGAACGUCUAUUUUUUUCUGCUUGACUUUGUUUACAUAAGAAAAUUUAUGUUUAGAUGCAGUCAGGUAAAAAACGGAUGCUAAUCGGUUUUGAUGUUGUACUGCACUACAAAGCCCUCAGUCAAUGACACAGACAUCGUAAGCUCAGUCUAUACUUCCCAUCUCGGGUCACAGUACAACAACAAAAACAUUGAGUACAUCCGUUUAAUUUUGCAAAGCGUGGAAAAAACAAGUAAUUUGAAAAGCUAAAAGAAAAUGGAGGAACAGACUUCUUCCAUGAUUUUUUCAAGCGAAGUGAAUGUGUUUAAGCAUCUUAUUUAUAUCUGCAAUCAACUGAUAUGGGUCAGUGGAGUGGCACUAAUCAUCGUGGGAUGCAUACUGAUAGAUAAUGGUGACCAGUUAUCAAACAACUUAUGCGUGUCUCUUAUCGUUGUUGGAUUCAUAACACUGCUUGUCAGUUGUUUUGGAUGUUAUGUUGGCUUUAGAGGACAUUAUUCCAUGAUACUUGCAUUUUCUUGUCUUCUUGGUAUCAUGGUUAUUAUUGAGUUAGUUGUUGGUGCCGUAGCAUUUGCACACAACAUCAAGAACAACAUGGCAAUCGUUGGAGGAGUCGCCAUUUCAGUUGCAUUGCUUCAGGUUAGUGGCAUCGCGUAUGCGUGCUGCCUGAUGAAAUCUAUCAAAAACGAAUACGAAAUUCUUUAAGUCGAUGCUGUGAAAAUAGUAAAAGGUUUUUACAUAACACAUUUUGUAGGACGUUUUCGUGCUGAUAUUUGGAAUACAUGAUGCCUUAGAGUUACCA